AUGAUUUGCUACCCUUAUCCAAAGGUUACCUUUAGCCCUGUGCGUGAACACUUGAAAUCCUGGACUGCGCAGAAUCUGGGUUCCGCGGACACAGCUGCAAUUCAAAUUCUGUUCAGUUUGCCCAAAAUGCCGGACGUUCAGACCCUUGUCAAUGAUUUUCUGAAUCAGCUUAAGAAACGUAAAAUUGAAGGUUCUCAGGCCACAGCCAAGCUCACAGCCGAGUUGCUGCGGUCUGUGAUAUCACAGCAGCGGGUGCCGCACACAAACCAGGCCACAGCUCUGAUUUAUGCCGUGAGGGCUGUUGGGGAGCAGCUUAUUGCUGCCAAUCCUGUUGAGCUAGCUGUGGGAAAUAUCGUGAGACGUGUUUUGCACAUUAUAAGGGAAGAGGAUCUUUCCCUUGCGACAGCUGCUAUGGCUGGUUUGGGGGUAUCAGCUGCAAGUGACGAUGAAGAUGACAUGGAGCGAGAUGAAAAUUCUGUUUUAUCUGCUGCUGCUGUAGCAGCUGCUGCUAGGAGUACACUACGACCACCGUCGUUACAAACUCUUCUAGAGGAUACGCCUGAUUCAGCUGCUGCUCCACACACCUCUUCUUCUGGGGGUGAAUCUGAUGGAAGAAGUAGAUCUGUUGAUAAAGGUUCAAGAGUUCGGAAGUUGAAGCAUGAUGUCAUUGAAGCAGUCAAUGAACUUAUUCAAGACAUAUCUACUUGCUAUGAACAAAUAGCUGAGCAGGCAGUGGAGCACAUUCACCACAAUGAGGUAAUUUUAACGCUUGGCAGCUCAAAAACAGUGUUGGAAUUUCUUUAUGCUGCGAAGGAAAAACAAAGAUCAUUUAAGGUCUUUGUUGCUGAAGGUGCCCCAAGAUAUCAAGGACACAUCCUUGCAAAAGAAUUGGCUGCAAGAGGCUUACAGACCACAGUAAUUACUGAUUCUGCUGUUUUUGCCAUGAUUUCCCGAGUGAACAUGGUUAUAGUUGGAGCUCAUGCUGUAAUGGCUAAUGGUGGAGUUAUUGCCCCAGUUGGGUUAAAUAUGGUUGCACUUGCUGCUCAAAGGCAUGCUGUUCCAUUUGUUGUACUUGCUGGGAGUCACAAGUUGUGCCCCUUGUAUCCACAUAAUCCUGAAGUCCUCCUGAAUGAGCUGAGAUCUCCAUCUGAGCUGCUUGAUUUUGGGGAAUUUUCAGAUUGCAUGGAUUCUGCAAGUGGCACGGGAUCUCUUCAUGUUGUCAAUCCAACAUUUGAUUAUGUGCCACCAAAACUUGUUAGCCUCUUUAUUACUGACACGGGAGGGCAUAACCCAUCUUAUAUGUACCGGCUCAUAGCUGAUUACUACUCAGCUGAUGAUUUGGUGGUGAAACGUAGGCCUACUGCAGGGAGUUGA